CGUUGGGGCAAGUUGCGCGCUCCGGAGGCGGCGGCGGCGCUUUCGGUUCGCUUGGACGCUCGGCAGAAGAGGCGGCGGCGGCGGCGGCAGCGGGAGAAGGCGCCCACCCGGUGGCUGAGCCCGGAUCUCCGGCUGCGCUGCCCGCUGCUGCAGCAACUGUUGCAGCUGUUGCCCGGCGGCGUCUCUGGCUCGCCCUGCCCGCGCCGCCAAUGCUCAACAUGAGCGAGGAGCAAGCCAAAGCCCUGGAGGCGCCGGGCAGCCCGGCCGGCACCGCCAGCUCCCUCUCGCACGUGGACUCGGAUUCCGACUCGCCUUCCUCCCCGGCCGGUUCGGAAGGUCCGUCGCCGGCUUCAUCGGCGGCGGCGCAGGCGCGAUCCUCCAAGGGCGAGCCGGGCGACGUGGACGAGCGCUUCCCCGCCUGCAUCCGGGAUGCCGUCUCGCAGGUGCUGAAGGGCUACGACUGGAGCCUGGUGCCCAUGCCGGUGAGGGGCAACGGGACGCUGAAAGCCAAGCCCCACGUCAAGCGGCCCAUGAACGCCUUCAUGGUUUGGGCGCAAGCGGCGCGCAGGAAGCUGGCCGAUCAGUACCCGCAUCUGCACAACGCCGAGCUCAGCAAGACGCUGGGCAAGCUCUGGCGCUUGCUGAGUGAAAAUGAGAAACGUCCCUUUGUGGAGGAGGCUGAACGAUUGAGAGUUCAACAUAAAAAGGAUCACCCAGACUACAAAUACCAGCCACGUCGGAGGAAAAGUGUCAAAACUGGCCAGAGCGAUUCAGAUUCAGGAGCUGAGCUGAACCACCACGGAGGAUCCCAGCUCUACAAAUCAGAUUCAGGGCUGGGCUCGAUGAGUGAAGUGCAUCACCCCAGUGACCAUACAGGGCAGCCCCAUGGACCUCCUACCCCACCUACCACCCCUAAGACAGACCUACACCCUGGGAGCAAGCAAGAGUUGAAGCACGAGGGCCGGCGCCUCAUGGAAAGCGGUCGGCAGAACAUUGAUUUCAGCAACGUGGAUAUCUCCGAGUUGAGCAGCGAGGUCAUCAACAACAUGGAGGCCUUCGACAUCCACGAAUUUGACCAGUACUUGCCGCUCAAUGGCCACUCUGCCAUGCCAGCCAGUCACGGGCAGAACUCCGCCGCAGGAUCUUAUGGGACUUCUUACUCUCACCCGGCUAACGGCAGCACUGGUGCGUCCUCCCAGGUAUGGACUCACAAGAGUCCUGCAUCUGCCUCUCCUUCUUCCAGUGACAGCAGCCAGCAGAGGCCUCACAUCAAGACCGAACAGCUCAGCCCGAGUCAUUACAGCGACCAACCUCACAACUCUCCAACCCAUUCGGACUACGGAUCGUACACUGCGCAGGCGUGUGCCACCACCGUGUCCCCGAGCUCAGCCACUGGGUCUUUUUCCAGCUCUCAGUGUGACUACACAGAUCUUCAGAGUUCCAACUACUACAAUCCCUACUCGGGCUACCCUUCCAGCAUUUACCAGUACCCGUAUUUCCAUUCCUCUCGCCGGCCGUACGCCACCCCUAUCCUUAACAGCCUGUCCAUCCCUCCUUCUCACAGCCCUACGGCGAACUGGGACCAGCCAGUCUACACAACCCUGACAAGGCCUUGAGCAGAUGGAAGGAGCUGUUCCUUGAGCUCUUCCCCACCAGCCUUCAAAAGUAUGCACUACACAGAAACAAAGACGGAGCGAAGAAGUGAUGAUAAUUAAUAACAAAGAACCCUAAUGGAGCAUCAUUGCAUAGUCCGAAGUGCCUCCCGUUUUGUCGGUGUGCCUGGGCGUUCUCUCCAGAAUCUCUUAGAUUUUCCAAGGCAGAGUUCUAUUUUGUUUAUUCUGACUUGUAAAUAAUAUUAAAUAACAUCCGGACCAAUGAAUGCUCUUGAAUAGAUGAAGGACGACCCAUCCAAACUCCUCUGUGGGAACUUUGCAAUGAUUGCAACUUUGCAAUCCAAGACUCUGAAAACAUUGAGGUGAAGAUGGUGCUUAAGAUUUUGUGGCAAACUAGGGACAGAUCAGCCUUGCACAAAAACCCACAUAGGAUUUUUGUCUUAAAUCCUAAGUGUUCAAUUAACAAUACUGAGGGACCAUUCAAGAAUCUUUUGGGACCAACCAACCAACCAACUAAUGUCAGCAUUUCUUAAUUUUAGUUGAAAGUUCUGAGCAAGGUUUUGCUGAAAUUAACAGUUUUGUUUGGAAGCUUAAAAAGUGCGUUGAUAUAUAUAUAUAUAUUUUUGUCAUUGUUUGAGAGUAAAUCUGUUAAAUAUGUAUUUAUGUUCCAUGUAAUUUUUGUCCUUUUAAUUAAUGAAGUAAUUCUGUGCAAGAGGUAGAUUUAAAUAAAGACUUUAUAGUGCAUAAAGUAGUGGAGGAGUUUUCCCAUCUCCCCAAUUACACUAAUUAAAAAGAGAAAAAACAGCAUUUAAAAAGUCCGUCAGAAAGAAAAAUUAGAAAUGCUUUUCAAAAGAACCAAUGAUAAUAUAGGAACCUAAGAGGUGGAGAAAAGGCAGAGUUCACACUGCGUUUCAACAAAUGUUGUGCCAAGUUGCUUCUUCAGGUGAUGGCCACUCCAUAUUGUUUAUCUCCAACAUCUGGAACUUAAGGUAGACUGCCACUGGAAUCACAGAACACUCAUCUACAGUAGCUCUUCCAGUUGAUGGCCAGAGCUUAGUUGUAUAGCUUCUAAACAAUCAUUUAUGCUUGGUAAAUUGGGAGAAACAUGGUUGAUUUUUGCAUAGCCUGGUUAGAAGAAGAAUCGCCUGGGGAAUUCUGGGAGUUGACGUCCACGUGUCUUGAAGUUGCUGAGAAGCAUUGCCUUAGAACAGGGGUGUCAAACUCAAGACCCGCAGGAUGGAUGCAUCAUGUGCUGGCUGCGCCCACCCCCCGGUUUAGUGAAUGGGGGCGAAAGGUGCGAUACGUCACGUGAUGACAACAUGUCGUCGCGAGUUUGACACCCCUACCUUAGAAUGUAGUGGGAGCCCACCUCUGUCUGAUCCUGGUUUCGCAGGACUGUUGCCACCUGUGGGUUGUGGAAAUGAAUUCCUGGCACUGAUUUGCUUUUUCCAUCUUUUCCUGAGCCAGUGGGUGACCUUGGUAUUUGGUUUUUCCACAUCAAGAAGCAACAGGUAGAAACUAAUCCAGGAGAGAAGCAACCUAGAACUAAGGAGGAAUUUCCUGACAGUGAGAACAAUUUAUCAGUGGAACAACUUGCCUCCAGAAGUUGUGAAUGCUCCAACUCUGGAAGUUUUUAAGAUGUUGGAUACCCAUUUGUCUGAAGUGGUGUAGGGUUUCCUGCCUGGGCAGGGGGUUGGACUAGAAGACCUCCAAGGUCCCUUCCAACUCUGUUAUUCUGUUAAGUGAUGUUUUCUCCUCUUGAUGGUUUUCCAGCCACAAAGAGGCUAUGCGCCUCCGUACUGGUGCUUUCUAAAUUUUUAUUUUUUAAAUAUCUAUUUAGAGGGGGUUCAUGGAGUUAACCUAUUCUAAACACUUUCUCAUCCAUUGCCCAUCAAAUCACAGGGGGCUGGAACAAAGCUUGCACUAAUGGAAUUCAGAAAAUAUAUAUUUUUAUCAAGCUAAUUGAACGAGCUCAGUUUUGAACCUCCACAGUGGCAUCUCCAAAGUGCCUUUGCAUAACCCAGCCUGGCAAGCCAAAUUCCACAGCUAGGAAUUCCACAUGUGGAAAAAUAUUGUGCAAGGUGUGUUGCCCUUCAGAAGAAAAAUGCAAAAUCUUACCUGGUGUGAGGUGUGAGAUGAGCUUUCUGCCAGAAUUGUAGGAUUUCUCAAGGAAAGCAAAAUCGCUUCCAGAGUCUCAAAGAUGCUUUCUCAAAAGGCAACUGGACUGUUUUCUUCCUUGAGAAGAAGAAAAUAUUUCGCUUUUUUUCCCCAUUAACAUUUUUAUUCAGUUAUAAAGUAUUAUACAAAACACAAAGUAACUAGAAGCGAGGGGAAAGAGAAGUGAGGAAAGAUAAGAAAGAAAGAAAAUUGACGUCCGACUCUUACAGUAAAAUAAGGCAUUAACAAAGCUUUUUGCUUUUUUUUUCAUAAUAUUAUGAACAAGCCAUUUUUAUAAUGAUCUAUCAGUCUAAUCAGUAAAACCCAAAGUCAGAAACAUUUAGCUUUUCAUCUGGUUGGGAACAGAUGACGCUUCUUGGCUGAGAAGCAAAACUACUACUACUACUACGUCGUCUUCUUCUUCUUCUUCUUCUUCUUCUUCUUCUUCUUCUUCUUCUUCUUCUUCUUCUUCUUCUUCUUCUUCUUCUUCUUCUUCUUCUUCUUCUUCUUCUUCUUCUUCUUCUUCUUCUUCUUCUCCUCCUCCUCCUCCUCCUCCUCCUCCUCCUCCUCCUCCUCCUCCUCCUCCUCCUCCUCCUCCUCCUCCGGUUGCCUUUUGAAAAAGUACCAUUGAGGUAACUGUGACCUGGAUCAGGGGUCUCCAACCUUGGUCCCUUUAAGACUUGUGG